CGGAGGGAAAUAAACAUGACGAAAAUCGCCCCGAGCACGGCGAAGGGGGGGUGUGUGUGUGUGGCGGGCGGGGGCUGGGCCGCUUCCCGCCGAGGGGGAGUCCUGCGCGCCGGCUCCCGCCCAGUGUCCCGGGGCCGCCGCUGGCCGCAGUCCUCGUCUCGGCCACAACCGCCACAUGCCAAAGGAGAAAGAUGUAGGUCAGACCCAAAGUGCAAUUUGGCUGUAGCCUGCCACAGGAGCAUGUUCCUCACUAACUACAGCCCUCAGCCAAGGGUUUCUACCUUGGUGAAGGUAUACUGGACAAGUGUUGACUUGAAAGCUGCUUUUAGGAUGUCUGAAGAUGAUGAAAAAGUUAAACUCCGUCGAAUUGAACCUGCCAUUCAGAAAUUCAUUAAAGUGGCAAUUCCAACAGAUUUGGAAAGGUUAAGAAAACACCAAAUAAAUAUUGAGAAGUAUCAAAGAUGCAGGCUCUGGGACAGAUUGCAUGAGGAGCACAUUAACGCAGGACGAACAGUUCAGCAACUGCGAGCCAAUAUGAGAGAGAUGGAGAAACUUUGUUUGCGAGUCCGGCAGGAAGACAUCCCAGUUCUGCAGAGAAUGAUAAAUCCAGUUAAAGAGGAAGCUUCGUUUGCCAUAAAACACUUCCUGCAGCUCCAUUCUGAAUCUGCAGAAGAACUUAAAAAGCAACUCAGAGGACAGGAGGAUGCCUCUUUAACCAGAUCUGCAACUGUAGGAGGAGAAACUUUAUAUAACACGGAAGUGAAGGAUGGCUCCCAGAGUUUAAUCCAGAUCUACUCCCGCCUUCCUGAAAUACCUCAGGAAGAAAACGCAGCUGAGUCCUGGGAAACUUUAGAAGAGGACUUGAUUCAGCUUAGCCAGUUGGUGACUGAUUUUUCUCUCUUAGUCAGCUCUCAGCAGGAGAAGAUUGACAGGAUUGAAGACCAUGUCAACAGUGCUGCUGUGAAUGUUGAAGAGGGAACCAAAAACUUGGGGAAGGCUGCAAAAUACAAGCUGGCAGCUCUGCCUGUGGCAGGUGCAGUCAUUGGUGGAGUGGUGGGGGGUCCUAUUGGUCUCCUCGCAGGCUUCAAAGUGGCAGGAAUUGCAGCUGCACUUGGUGGUGGGAUUUUGGGUUUCACAGGUGGAAAAUUGAUACAAAGAAGAAAACAAAAAAUGAUUGAACAGGUCUGUUCCAGCUGUCCAGAGCUUUCUCGCCAAAGUGCCAAAAAAUCCAGCUGAAGUAUAGAUUCAUUUUGACUAGGAACAAAAGCAUAGUCACCGUGCUAAUGACAGACUUGCAGCCUUAUGCUUUAAAUACAAGGCUGAGUUGAGUGAAUUUUGACAACAGUACUGUUACUUGGGAGGGGUGAAACAGUAAUGGCAGAAGGUGUCUUUUCAGAUGUGAUAAGUGACAUCAGUCCUUUGAAAAUUUUAAUUAUACAUGUCUUAGGUGAGCUACAUGCACAGCUGUAAUGAUGGGUCAGAGGUGCUUCACGCCAAAUUUGCACAGGGUCUUGCACACAAUACGAAGAGAUUUGGAAAAACCUAGUGCUUUCCCAUGAAUGCCACCCAGAAGCUGGAGCUCCAAAGAAAAGGAAAUAAGCUCUAUCUACCUUUCAUGGUCACAGUACUUUAAUUUCAUUUAUCUGGAUUCCCAAACUCCUCCUGCGUAUACCCCCAGGACAUGACUGACUGCGCCUGUUCAAUAACGCACAGGGAACCAUUAGUUGCCAUAGGAAAAGGUUAAAACGUUGGCUGAACAAGCUGGGGGAAAAAAAAAAUACGUACAUACAUCCCACAUCUGCCUCCGUCAGCCAAAUCAGAUCAGCAUCAUAUUCAGCUUUUCCCCCUUUUCAGGUACUAUUUUUUUUAAAUUUGUAAACCCCUCAUCCUGUUCAAAGCAUAGUUAAGAAUUAAAUAGUCUAAGCAGCAAUCCUGCAAGACUGCUGCUGGAGAAUAAUUUUCCAAGGCUGUUCAGCUCCUUGGCCAUACAGGAUGAUGUGAGCAGCUCUGGCAUUCUGAGCCCGAAGCCUCAGCUUACUUAAGCAGUGCUUACUGCUAGCUGUUGCCCUUGCUUCUCAUCCUCUGUCCCCAGCAGCGCUCUGGUGGGAGAGCUAAAUAGCCUCCCUGGAAGGCGGCGCUGCAGCCAGGCCCACUCCCUCAACAGUCUUUAUCCCUCAAGGGCGGCAUCAGGCGCCAGGUCAAAGGAUGGCAAAGCAGCGAGGCCACCAAGUUACCCCUUAAACAGUGCCAACGUCAGCUGACAUCCCCAGCUGAUGGGACUAUUUUGAAAAUGUCAAUCUGAUACUGUUUUCAGUAAGUAAACCCUGCUUCUUUGGGUCAGCUGUUCAGUUCUGAAACUUCUCUCCCUCACACUGCAGAGCAGCUUCUCAGCCUUUGCGAGAUUUUGGGAAAUGCUGUGGAGCCAGUACGCGGUGAGAUGCUGCUUAAGAAGCCUUUUGCUUCUGAAACUUCCAUUGUUAACACUUUCAUAUUUAAUGUGUUUUUAUUGUCACAUAGUCUACUGUUCAGCACACGGUCCUACCUCCAUCCUUCCGGGACGGUUCCCACGCUAUUGCUGCUGCUGUUUGGGGGAACAGAAAUUGAAGUUGGGAAGCUGCUUUUUAAAGUUUUUUUUUUAGAUUGUUCAAUUCAGCCUGAGCUCUGCUUGAGUCCAGUUUUAUUAGGUAAACACUGAAGUCGGUGGUUUCGUUCCUAGCAGGGAACAGUGUAUAAGGAAGGAAGCACACUACAGAAUGAGCUCCCUUUUCUCAACCAGUACUUUGAUAUCAUCCUUGGAAAUAACCCUCUGCUAAUGACAGAUGAUAGGGUUUUGUGCCAAGACGCUGUACACAACUGUUAGUUACAGCACAAAUAUCUUUUUGAACAGUUCUUUAUUACUUUGAAAAUAUGAUUGAAAUUGCUAUCAGUCAGAGCAUUGUGUCUAUUUUAAGUAGGUCUGAGGCUCAGGGAAGCAAUGUGUGCAAGAAUAGUUUUCACAAGUGGUUGCCAACAUUGUCAAAACUGCAUCUGUUAAAGCCACAGUGCCUACAUCUGUAAAAUCAGCUGGAGUGGAAAAUGUGACCCAACUAAUUCAGCUCAUUUGCUCCUGUCAGGCAAAAAGCGCUUUUCUUUAAACACAUCUACUUUGGAUGUAAACGCAUUUAAUAAAUUUCUAACAAAUAGCUUCAUACUAUGGCUGCUCAUUCCUUUGAUAUUAAUUUCUACAUUUAAAGGAGGAAAUGAAGGAAAAAAAGUGUUCUUAAUCAGAAACUGUGGUUGAAUCUUUGCAUGAUUUUAAAAAGUUACGUCUGCUUUCCUACUGUAUGCUUCAAAACCUUGUGCAUUUAAAUGCCAGCAGCCACACCAGAGACAUUGCGGACUCCAGCCUCUCCCCCCAAGAUGAACUAAUGCCAGGACAAUCUAAAUUCAUAAAACUGAAUUCUUGCCACAGCUUAUACAAAUUCAGCUUGGUGUGCAUUCGUUUUAUGAAAUGCCUAGCACAAAAAACUAUUCUUCCUCCUUGCAUCUUCAGGGAAGCAAUUUCAAAACAUUGUGUACACAUUAGACUUGGGAGACUAUUAUUUAAGCUAUGAUUUUUAAAAAUAGAUGGGUUAUUUACAUAUGUGAAGAAACAUAGACAUCUGAGUAACCAAACUAGCAUUUAAAUUGCUAGGUGUGUUAGAAGAAAUGUAAGAUAAAAAUAAUCCUUUCAGACCAAAUAAAUGUUUUUGCCUAUCAGA